UGCCAAACAAAAUUCUCUCUCACUCUCUCUCUCUUUCUUUUUCUAUUUCUAUUUCUCUCACAAACUUUGUUGGCAUUAAAAAUAGAAGACACUUAGAAAGAAGCAGCAAACAUAUAAACACAUACAACACACACAAGAAAAAUAAGUAAAAGCCCACCUUAUAAGGGUGUCUUCUUUCUUUUGUUGUUGUAUUUUGAGUUCAAUGGAAAAAGAGGUAUUAUUCACAAAUUGGUUCAAGAUUCUUGGACUUUCAUUCUUGGUUUCAAUUUUUAUGAUAAGGGUUGUUGCUUAUUUAUGGUUAAGACCAAGGAGAAUUGAAGAACAUUUUGCCAAACAAGGUAUUAGAGGACCACCUUAUAAGUUCUUCAUUGGAAAUGCUAAGGAAAUUGUUAGUUUAAUGUUGAAGGCUUCUUCUCAAACUAUGCCUUUCUCUCACAAUAUAUUACCAAGAGUUCUCUCUUUCUAUCAUCAUUGGAAGAAAAUUUAUGGUGCAACAUUUCUAGUGUGGUUUGGACCAAUACCACGUUUGGCUGUGGCUGAUCCUGAUCUUAUUAGAGAAAUUUUCACUACAAAAUCUGAGUUUUAUGAGAAAAAUGAAGCUCACCCUUUAAUCAGACAGCUUGAAGGAGAUGGCCUUCUUAGUCUCAAAGGUGAAAAAUGGGCUCAUCAUAGGAAAAUUAUUACUCCUACCUUCCAUAUGGAAAAUCUCAAAUUGUUAAUACCAGGGGCAGCAAGCAAAGUGAUUGAAAUGUUGGAGAAAUUACCAAAUUCAAAGAAUGGAGAGAUAGAAAUUGAAGUAUCAGAGUGGUUUCAAACUUUAACAGAAGAUAUUGUAGCACAAACAGCUUUUGGCAGCAGUUAUGAACAAGGAAAAGCUGUUUUCAGGCUACAAGCUCAACAAAUGGUCCUUGCUUCUGAAGCAUUCCAAAAAGUCUUCAUACCUGGUUACAGGUUCCUACCAACAAAGCGAAACAUCAAGUCGUGGAAACUGGACACGGAGAUUAAGAAAUCCUUAAUGAAAUUGAUUCAAGAAAGGACAGAGAAUUGGGGGAAGAAUGAGAUGCAAGAAAACAAUGGGCCAAAAGACUUAUUAGGCCUUAUGAUCCAAGCAAGCAUGAAGGAAUUAUCACUAUCAUCAUCCAUUAAUAAUCAUCAUAAUUCUGCACUUAAUAAUAAUUCCUCUAUGAUCACUGCAAAUGACAUUGCUGAAGAAUGCAAGACUUUCUUCUUUGCUGGUGAACAAACCACGUCGAAUUUGCUGACGUGGACAACCGUUUUGCUAGCUAUGCAUCCACAGUGGCAGGACCUAGCACGUGACGAGGUGAUCAAAGUGUGCGGCUCACGUGCCAUACCUUCCAAAGAUGAUCUUGCCAAGUUAAAAAUGCUGAGCAUGAUUGUCAAUGAGUCCUUACGCCUUUACCCUCCGAUCGUUGCAACGAUCAGACGAGCAAAGGCUGAUGUGGAUCUCGGAGGAUGCAAGGUCCCACUAGGGACUGAAAUCUUAAUUCCAAUUCUGGCAAUUCAUCAUGAUCAAGCUAUUUGGGGUAAUGAUGCUAACGAGUUCAAUCCUUGUAGAUUCUCUGAGGGGGUGGCACGAGCUGCUAAACAUCCUGUGGCGUACAUUCCAUUUGGGCUUGGAGUUCGCCAAUGCAUAGGCCAGAACCUGGCCAUCUUACAGACUAAGUUAACUCUAGCGAUUAUACUUCAACGAUUCGUCUUAAGAUUGUCUCCACAAUAUAAACACGCUCCGACUGUGUUGAUGCUACUCCACCCUCAAUAUGGUGCACCCGUCAUCUUCAAACCGUUGAUCAAACCAACGAUUGUCAUAAGCUCUUGACAUGUCUAUACUUUUGGUGUGUGUGAGUGCAUAUAUGCUUGGUGAAAAGGAAGAACAAAAAGCAAGUAGAAUUAAAUGUGUUGUUGCAAGCAUAAAUUAUAGGAGUAGGGAGAAAAUUUAUUUCAUUCCUUUUUCUCUUGAUUUGUUAUUAUUUUUUUGGUUUUCCAUUUUCCUUUUUCUUUUCCACCAAAUAGUAGUACUAACUAACCCAUCAAGUAGAGUCAUCAUCAUGCCUUGGUCUUUUUAUUUUGCCCAAAAUUGCUUGGAUUUUCGGCAUGCUUAUGCUACGAGUUUAGUAGGCUUUGCCCCAUUUUCCCAUCCUAUGUAUAUGUAAUGUAUAUGGGCUCAAGCCCUAGCAAAGUUUUGUAAUUUUGGCAUGUAUAGCUUUCUUUUGAAA